AUGAGGGGAUGGGACGCAGUUUUGCCGCAAGUCGUGACGGGGGCAGGGGAUUCUCGCGAUGCGACGCAUGCGCAGCUGUGCGGUAUGGUGCGUGGAAUGGAGGAGGCCGCUGAAGCCACAAGGCGAAGACUGAAGCAAAUGGAGAAGGCCCUCGAGCGACAGCGUGUGAUCGUGAACGAGGUUAGGGCAUCCACCUCGCGGUUUGAGGACACGUUCACAAAAACAAACAGUGAUCUUCAGUACAUUCAACAACAGCUUGAGUACGUUGUCGUCAGUCUGGAAAAGGAGCGCGGGACCGUGGCCGACCACACGGAGCAGUUGCGACUCUUCGCGAUGGAAUCAAACCGCCGUGAUGGCCGAAACGCCGAUUUCUCAGAUGAUGGCACCUCGAUGCUGCUUUGGUUGGCUACGUGGCUCUAUCGCCCACUUGUACACUUUGCAAAGGGGUGCUACACGCUGCUCUCUCCGCUUCUCAACACCCUUGAGUCUCUCUCCUUGUUUAACACGGAUGUACUCGUGCGCCGUAGCGAGAGCGGUUCGCGUCUUCGUCACUCGGAGACAAAUGAGGAUCUCUUGAAAAGACUUCAGAAGGGCACCUUGGACCCCACCUCACUUCUCAAGAAAAACUGA